AAUUAUUUACCAUCACGGUUAUUAUCAAAUCACAUUUCAGUAUUCUUCUUUGAAAUAUUUUACUCAAUACAGAGCGUUCAACACUUAGAUGACUACUGUUUGGUCUUCACAAAGUAUAAAGAUCACCUAGUUCUCAACUAGACAUGGAAUCCAAUUUGAUUACUCAUUAUUCAUUUGAAUUAUUGUUGAUACCUACCUAUGCAAUUGUUUACUGAAUAGUGGAAAAGGAUGUAUUUACACAAACUUGAAACAAUUGUCUCGCGAAUGAAGGGAUUCGUAACUAAAUUCAGUCAUCGCUGUCUAAUCAGAAAUGUAAUCAUAGGAGUUUUCUUGCUCACAUCAUUGUACAUAUUACAUAGUUUAUUUCAUUCGCUAACCGAUUCCAGAGAUAAUAAGCACCAGUUAUCAAUUGAACGCUACGAUGAACUCAAAAGCGUAUGCGAAUAUUUCUUCAGAAAGCCUGUGAAAAAUUAUAGUCAAGCAGUUAUUGAAAGUAUUCAGGUGAAAUGGGACGUGAACUAUUCAAAUUUAUCCAAUACCGAUGUUUGUCGUGAAUUCAAGUUAUUCCAAGGACAUGUAGUUCAACCAUCGAUGGAGGAGAAAGAUUUCCCGCUAGCCUUCAGUAUAGCUGUACACGAUAACAUCAAACAGGUGUCUCGAUUACUCCGACUGAUACACAGACAACACAAUCUGUACUGUAUUCACGUUGACUCUAAGUCACAACAAUCAUUUUAUAAUGAAGUGUUAGCACUAGCCAAUUGUUUUGGUCCGAAUGUGAUGGUAGUGAAUCGAUCGGAAAGCAUUGACGUUCAAUGGGGUUAUUACUCCAUCCUCGAAGUGUUUCUCCUCUGUGCUGACAAAUUGAUGAACAAGACUGAAUACAAGUGGAAAUACAUUCUGAAUGUGAAUGGACAGGAAUUGCCACUGAGAACCAAUCGGGAGUUGGUAACAGCUUUGAAGGCAAUCAAUGGGUCGAAUGUUGUUGAAGGUCUAGGUCCACGGCAUAAUCCAUCCCGAUGGCCAGCAAAGAAUUUCACAUUCCCGAUCCUCUGGAGCAAAGGCAGUUUCUAUAUGGCAUUGAAACGAGAAUUCGUACACUUCUAUCAAACUGACCCAAGAGCGAAUGAAAUACUCGAUGCUAUGAAAGCAGAAAGACACCUGCAGAAGCAUCCGGAUGAAUUGUUCUUCCCAACGCUAACCCACGAUCCAUCACUCGGUGCACCAGCUGCUUGCAACGAAAUUCACGAAACCAAUCAUUCAGAUAGACGAAAACGAUUCGUUGCACGUUAUGUGACAUGGUCUCACGAAGGCUGUAAAAGUUCCAGAGUUCGUCGUUCCGUGUGUAUCAUAGGUGCAGGUAAUCUCCCAUACAUACCAUCACGACCGGAGUUUUUCGCCAACAAAUUUGAUGAUGAUUUUGAGCCUAUUGCUUACGACUGUACAGAGUAUUAUGUUAUGGAGAAAGUUAUACAAGAGAUGAAAAGUAAUCGGUUGGAUGCAAACUUUGAUGUCACUGUCUACUCUGACUUACACUGUUCUAGAAAUCAUACUUAGUUCCGAUGAAGAUAUAUUUUACUCUUUCAGACAGGAUUCCAACCGAUUGGCAUUUGGUGGUGAGAAGGUGUAUUUCUCCCUUUUUUCGCUCAUUUUUAUAAGUAUUUGGAAAUUUCUUACUCAACCUGUUUCCAAAAGCCUCCAUACUUCCCUAGAAAUCGAUUCAGAAUUCUAUGAAAAUUAAAACUUCAUACUCUGUAAAUAAAUUCUUUAGUUAUUUUAUGAUUUGGAAUAUCGUUGGUUGCAUUGUUACUCCUUGAUGUCCACUAACCCUUUCUCCGUAUUGAUGCAUAGUAAUGGUGAAGCAUAACAGUUCUACUCGUAACUUGUUACAUCACUUCUGUACAUGAGGUGUGAAUAUACUUCGUCUUCAUUUCUAACGGACUUCAGUUUCAGAGUGGCAGGUACAU